GGAGUAGUGCUGCUAUGUAGUUGGGCAGUAAAGGUGACCGAGGUGGUGAUGGAGUGGAGUGGACCUCUGGCUUUCAUCGACGACUUUGAAGCAUUUAUUCUCUCAAGUAAAAUGGUUAAAUCAUGUUAGACCUUUUUCAUUCAUUCAUUUUAAUCGGUGGUCUCCCAGUUUGACGUAAUUGGUAGUUGCGCAUGGUACAAAGUCUACAAAAAAAUGCCGGAAACGCAAGAUCCGGUAGAACCACCACCGGAGAAAGCGUAUUGUUGUGGGAAUUCGACUCAGAGGGAAGCCACGUUGAUUGCAAAGUUUGAUUUGAUCUUGUCGCUGGUGUUCUUGUCGCUCGUGUUAGCAAUUCUAAUCAUCAUCACUAGCAAUCCUGAAUACUUUCCGGAUAUUGUGAAAAACACGCCAGGAAACGUUACUACUGAUCUUUCAGAAUUUUUGCAAUGGCCUCGCGUGUCUCAAAUUGGCGUUCUUUCGAUAUCAGUUUUGCUACACAUUUGCUAUAUUGCACUUUCUAUCGUGCUCCUAAUUGGUGCAAAAAAGAGAAUUCACAAAUUACUCCUGAUUUGGUUCGCAACCACGAUUGCGAGCUAUUCUGCCGGAAUAAUUUUAACAAUAGUGUGUUUCCUCUUCCUCUACGAUAAAGUAGCCAUUAGCAUAGGUCUAAUUUCCAUCGCACUUUACAAGUGGUAUGGCUUAUGGAUAGUUAAGAUUUUAAUGCGAGAGAUUACCUCCGUGUCUGGAGGGGAGGUUUACGGAGAUGGAAUUGAAGUAGGUGACGACUCUGACAUGAUAGAUUCGGCCAUCCCGUUAGACAAAUUUUAGUAUUUUUUUAGCGUUAUUUCACUGCAUGUAACAUAAAAUAUUUACAUAAAUGCUGGAGUCGUGGAACAAUAUUUUGUAUAUAUCAUACAUACAUAGGUCAUAGAUAGGGUCUCAAUUUAUUUGAAUUUUGUACCCAAAAUCGUGCCAAGACUUUAUAUAUUUUGUGUAUAAGCAGCAAUAGAUGAGCAUAAUUUAGCAAUGGGCUUGUCCAGGAUGACUGUAUGAAUGACUAAAAUGUCACUUUAUUUGGAUGACAGGCCCCACAGGGGAAUUUUAGCGAGACUUUUUUUGUCGUUAUACAUAAAUAUAUGUAAAUCCAUGUAGGAAGACGCUCAUGUUUUGUAUCGUUGUAAACUAGGGCGAAUCUCUGUUCAGACUUUCACCAGAGUUGAGUAGAUGGAGAAAGUUCCUCAUUUCAGUCAUAUCAAGUUCACGGAAGAGUAUUGAUCCGAUCCGAUGUCACCCGACAACCCGUUCUCUGACUUAUCUUGCCGUACUCCUUUCCCUGCUUUCUCUUGGUUCCGGACUAAACUGUAACAUUUGCACAUUUUGCUAAAUACCAAAGUAUAGAGUGGAUAGAUGUAGUGCAUGGGAUAUAAAUUUUGUGGACACAUAUUAUUGCCUGCUACUUAUUAUAUACAUACAUAUACGUAGAAAAAGGGAGAGAUUUUUAUCAAUUGGUUUAUGGUUAAAGCAAGCCGCUAUUGAUUUUUAUUUAUAAAAGCAAGGUCACAUUAGUGAAAUAAAUCUGCAGAAUGGGAUUAUAAUUUCCUUUCUGGGCGGGCAAUAGCCAUGUCUGAUAGCUAAAUAUUACUAGUACGGAAAUAGGAGGAUAAUAUGGAAUUAUAAAAUCACAGACCUUUAUCGUUACUCGCGAAAUACUUGCCAAAAAAGUGUGACGACAAUCCCACAAAAGUCAGGAACAAGUUAAUUGGCUUCACACAAUGUCCACCACGGAGGAUGAAGAACCCCCAGAGAAGAAAUACUGUUGCGGAAAUUCGGCCCAAAAUGAAGCAGGUUACGUGUCCAAAUGUGAUAUUGCCGUCGUCGUCAAUGGUCUCGUGUCUUACACAUUGGUCACAGUUUUGCUGUUUGUGGACCCCAAAAUAUUGCAGGGAUAUAUCGAGGGCAAUCCGGCAAUGAGAGACUUAAAUUUACUCAUCAAUACUAACCAACUUUAUCAAAUUGCGUUCCUGUCAGCAUCCUUAGUUUGGCUGGUUUUCGAGCUGGGUCUCGCCAUUUUGCUAUUACGAGGAUCCUCUCUGAGGAAUAAGCACAUGUUGAGAAGAUGGUUCAACCUGACAAUUUGCGUUUGUUUGAUUGGCAUCUCAAUUUCCGGAUUUGCAGUUUAUUCCCUGCAAGAAAAAACUUACAUUGGAGUAGGCGCCUUCAUUUACUAUUUUUACAAAUGGUAUGGAUUGUGGAUCUGCACCGAGUUAAUUAAGGAAAUCAAACAAGGAAUCAACCCCUACGCAAUUCACUGCGAAUUUGGAACUUCCUUUUGAAUAAUUGAGACAUUCUUGACAGCUAACUACAUAAAUAUUGAUCUGUUUUUGUACCAAGAUUUUAAUUGCGAUAUACCUGAUUAAUUUAUACGCUUGGGAAACACUGCACAAGUUAAAUUGUCUCAAUGCCAUUGUUUAUCAGCCACUUACUUACUUAUUCAUCUUGGUAAAAUAUUCUUUCCGUUGGACGAAUGAGUUAUAUACGAAUCUCACAAAGAAUAUUUAUAUAAUGCCAAUAUGAAACACAUACAACAAAGGAGUGAACCUCUGCCUAUAUACUCGGACAGUAUUAGAAUUUAAAAUUUAAAGAAACUCUACUUAUGGAUUGGAACUUGUUUAUGUAAUUCCUUAAUUACUUAUUCCAUUGAUCGAAACACGGUGUCUAUAAGUAAGUAAGUAAACACAACAAUUAUAUAGAAAUCCUAUUAUCUUAUGCUUGUCCAUUCAAAAUUGAAACCAAAUCGAAUCGAAUGUCUCUUACAAAUAUUAUAUGUGCCAUGAACGACGCUUUAACUUGGCAAAUAAUAAAGUCAUCAGACAGCAUUUGUAUCAGAAAA